AUGGGUCGACCUCGGGGUCAGAGAACCUUUACCCCUCCCAGGUGUGGUCCAACUGGCACGACUUGUGCCCUAAGCAAAGAAAACAGGCACCAGAAUCGGUUCCAGCGCAGAGGAGCUGCUGAAGCAGGAUUUUUGAGACAACUAGAAUCAGCUACCACAAUUCUGGAACCAAUUGAGGCGGCUCAUAUUUACGACUUCCCAGAGAAUAUUCUUGACAAAGCAACACCACAAAUCUCCGUUCAGGAAUGGGAACCUCAGAUUGACACAACACCCGCUGAAGCUAUGCCAUUUAGAAGAGUCCCAAAGGCUAUUCCGGGGUCGAACCAAGAAAUUUGGAUUUUGCUACAGAUUUAAUUAUGGAUGAACUCACUUGCUUUGAGAACCCGGGGGUCUUUUCACUUGGCAUGGAUGACCAGUGUUCUGGCGAAGAGUUUCAUAGCAACAGUGGGCCUGACAUCAUUACGGCUUGCUACUAUGAGCCCGAGGCCUUCAAUGUAAGUCUGAAUUCUUCUCUGCAACCCGAGAAAGACCUUGAUUUCGGGACAUCUUCAAGUGCUGAUGCACGAUUCGAAUUUCAGAGUGGACAAGAAGUGGCGAAAACUGGAGACAGCCAUAUCAAUCAUCUUACAGGUCUAAGUCUCAGGCUUGCCGAAACCCUCGGAAAGAUCAACGGAGGACGCCCUUCUACGACUCUCGAUACUCUACAUUUCCCGACAUUGGAUGCGACUAGUUCCCCGUCCACGUCUACGCCAAUUGAUGAGAUAUUAGGGGGGACACGAGAGUUCGUGAAAAUCCUAGCUGGCUUGAAGCCAUCAAAUGCCAAUAAUAAGUCUUCGUCAGGUUCAUCAGUUUAUGGGUUCAUGAGAUCUAAAGGAACUGCGCCAAUGGAUGGGGCAAAUGAAAACGGCGGUUCUUACGCAGGUAACAACCGGGCACAUUCGCCAAUGGCCAACAGGCCACCCUCAAUCUUACUAACAAACGUGGAACAGUCUUGCUUGGAAAGGGGGAAUAUCAAUGCAACCGUAGUUCUUCAGUCUAUGAUCUGCUACAUCCAUUUGGUGCGACUUUAUGUGUUUCUCUUCAGCCACAUAGAAAUCUUUCUAGCCGAGGUUGCUUUGAGAGAUGACCCAUUUAUCUGCCCUAUUCCUCAUAUGACCCUCAAUCGAUUGCCAUUAGGUGAGUUAAGUUUUCCCUCUGGUUGACCUCAAAACAAGCUUAGCUUAGAACGAAUCACUUUGGCUAAUUCUUUUCCCGCAUCAGAGUCGGGGAAUCUACAGGAAAAGCGGAGAAUGGUGGAGGCGGAAUCAAAUGCCUUCCAGACCUCAUCAAAAGGUCAAAGCAACUGUUGGAAGAGAGAAUAG